GGAUUGAGGCGGGGACAGGGAGACCUGGAAUAUGCCUGAGUGCAGGAGCUCAGAAGCCUCCUCUUCCUAGGACAGGUAGUUUCGGAUGGGGGGAGGGGGGAGAGGGCAGAGGGUCCCGGGCUUCCACUGGGCCUUGGGGAGGAAACUGGAUCUCACUGGGCACAUUAAGACCCGGCUUGAUCUCACCCCACCUCUUCCCUUCCUGUCCCUCAUCUCCGGCCGGCCCUCACUGAGGAGGGGGAGGGGCCUCUGUGGGACUGGGAGGGCUGUCCCUCUGUUAGUGGGGAUUCCUUGAGCUCUCACCCUUUCCUUACCCCUGCCCAAAGAGGACCAGAAGGAGCCUGGCUUGGGAAAGGGGAGUCAAGCUUUGCCACAAAAAAAGCUGUAUGAUCCUGAGCCAGUCCCACCCAUCUCUGAUCUCAGUUUCCCCACUUAUAAUGGGGACCCUGAACUAAGCGAUCUCCCAAAGCCCUGCCAGACCCGACAUUCCAGUAAGCUGGUCCCUGCAGGGGUGGGGGCAGUUCAGAGGACAGAAGAGGGAGGGUAGCUGGCCUAAAGGUCACAGCUGGGUCAAGAUGGGGACCAGCCUCAAUGCCCUCAGGAACGGAGUAGGGGAAAGGAGUCCUGGGAAAAGUCCCUGGAGUGGCUGGGGGCAGGAAGGGAAGCAGUCCUUCCCGGUGCCACAGGCAGGAGGCCAGGGGAGGUGCAUGGGGAGCGGGGAGGAAGUCCCCUCCUGGGCAGGUCACUCCCAGAGGCUGGGUUGGGGCGGGGCAGGCGAUGGAGAGCAGAUCUGAGCUCCUGGGAUACCUUCGAGUCCACUGCUGCCCAGCUUCCCAAGAAUCCAGGAGCCCAGCCAGGUGUUCAGGACACCCAUCCCGGCCCCAACAUGCUUGUGGUUUCCACCACCUCUGCUGUUCUUGGAGCCGUCUCUCCACCUCUCCCACUUGGCAACAGCAGCAAGGAGGAGCCUGCAGACACCCGGAACCAGCUGCUAGCCCAGGUGGAGGUGGCCCUGCUCUCCGUAGUCUUUGUGGCUGUGGUCCUGAGCAAUGGCUUGGUGUUGGGGGCUCUGGCGCGACGGGGCCGUCAUGGCCGCUGGGCACCUAUGCACGUCUUCAUCGGCCACUUGUGCCUGGCUGACCUGGCUGUGGCUCUGUUCCAAGUGCUGCCCCAGCUGGCCUGGGAUGCCACCGACCGCUUCCAAGGGCCUGAUGCCCUGUGCCGAAUCAUCAAGUACCUGCAGAUGGUGGGCAUGUAUGCUUCCUCCUACAUGAUCCUGGCCAUGACGUUGGACCGCCACCGUGCCAUUUGCUAUCCCAUGCUGGCACACCGCCACGGAGGUGGAGCUCACUGGAACCGGCCAGUGCUGGCGGCCUGGGCCUUCUCGCUCCUUUUCAGCCUGCCGCAGCUGUUUAUCUUUGCCCAGCGUGAGGUGGGAGCCAACAGCGGGGUCUUCGACUGCUGGGGUCACUUUAUCGAACCCUGGGGCCUUCGUACCUAUGUCACCUGGAUUGCCCUAAUGGUGUUUGUAGCACCUGCCCUGGGUAUCGCUGCCUGUCAGGUGCUCAUCUUCCGGGAGAUUCAUGCCAGCCUGGUUCUGGGGCCAGCGGAGAGGCCUGGGAGGCACCGAAGAGGGUCCCAGACAGGCAGUCCCGGCGAGAGAGCCCCUGUGUCAGCAGCUGUGGCCAAGACCGUGAGAAUGACGCUGGUGAUUGUAAUUGUCUAUGUGCUGUGCUGGGCACCCUUCUUCCUUGUACAACUGUGGGCAGCGUGGGACCCCGAGGCACCUCUGGAAGGCCCCCCCUUCGUGCUGCUCAUGCUGCUGGGCAGCCUCAACAGCUGUACCAACCCCUGGAUCUAUGCCUCCUUCAGCAGCAGUGUCUCUUCAGAGCUGCGCAGCCUGCUCUGCUGCACUAGGAGGCGCACCCCACCCAGCUUGGGGCCCCAAGAGGAGUCCUGUGCCACUGCCAGCUCCUUCCUGGCUAAGGACACUUCCUCCUGAGAAGCCAGGGGGCGCCUUCCUUCCAGAAGCUCCACAGAGCUCAGCUGCCUGUCAAGGGGCUGGUCCUGGCAUUCAGAGAGAAGAGGGCCAACUGGGAAUUGGCUCCAGAUAGUGACAGGCCCAGGGCAGCUCCUUGGCACCAGGUAUGAGGAGGGGCUGCAGUGGCACUGCGUGGUCCAUGGCUUCUGCCCUAGGCAGCACCUGCCCCUGAGAUAGAGGUCCCGGGGAGCCCAGAAGGAAGGAAAGAGGGCGAGGCCAGGGGAGCUUCCUUUCUUCACUUGUGUAUUUGCCCUCUGUGUCCCUUCUCACUCUCUAAUAAUAAUAAUAAUAAAAGUAUCAGCUCAUGUUCCA